UUUUUGCAAAUGGCAUAAAGUAAAGUAUCUAAGGGUAUUAAAAACACCCCACGUGAGAUGUCGCUAGCUCUGCCUGAGACAAAUCAAUAAUCGUCUCCAUGCUAACACUCCAAAUAGGAUGUCCGGACUCCAAAAUAAGUUUGGGCUACUGUUGAUUUUGCUAGUUGGUCUGAAAUUGAGCUGCCCCAGAGUGUUAACAAGGAGAAGCAUCUCAGACGACUCUGUGACGAGGUAUUUGACAGAGCGGAUCUGUGUUUGGAACGAAGUAUGCAAGGAGGAAUUCCAGAUCCAUUUCAAAUGCAAAUGUCCAGAGUUCUUCUUCUGUAGGGCACCAGGCAGAUAUUACAAUGCAUUCUGUUCGAUGACUGGCACUGGAUACAUCUGGAUGCAACCAAGUUUUCAAGCUGCAGACAUCUGAAUUGAGCACUAUUUUUUUAUACUCUGAAAAAUUUUUUCUUCCACAGUAUGGUUGUGAAUAAAUAAAAAAAAAUUGUUCGACA